AGUCUGCUGUGCUAAGAAAUGGGGAUAGUGAUUUGUUUUUCGAUUCCAAUAAUUUAAAGGAAAUUACAGUUUUUUAAAACAUUAUCCAUUCGGAAAACUGCAAAUAUGGUAGAGUGGAAACAGCUGAUUACGGAUUGGCUAAAUGAAUAUGCCUCAUUACAAGAAAAUGAAAUAAAAAGUUUUGCUGCUGAGCAUGAACACAACCAUGAAAUUUCUACUGCUUUAUUUAACCUUUUCUACAGUGAAGAUGAUUGUGAUGCAAGUUGUUGCAGCAAACAAGUUCAUGCUCAAAAGGAUGAGAUGCUAGAAAAUGUAUGCACACAACUGUUCAGUUUCUAUAGGUCAAAAGAAGUGGAACUUCAAAGAUUUACAUUACAGUUUCUUCCAACCUUGAUUUAUAAUUACUUGAGUUGUGUAGCACAAGGAAAUUUAAAAUGUUGCCGCUGUAUUGAAACUUUAUUAAUAGCAUUAUAUAAUUUUGAAGUAGUGGAUGAAGCUGGUAAACCUAAAGUAAUUUCAUUUCGUUUGCCAUCCUUGGCCCAGCCUUCAAUCUACCAUGAGCCAUUGUCUCUAGGUCCACAAUUCCUAACUGAGAAUGCUUUACGUAGAUGGGAAGAAUGUAAUACAAAAUUAGUGACUUGGGGACCAAUGUCUCAAGUCGAAGUUCUCAAUGCUCAAAACCGUUUAAGAGUAAUGUCAGCACUUCUCUUCAUUUAUAACCGACAAUUGAGUCUAUUGCCAAAAUUGGCCUUAAGACAUUUUUGUAUAGCUGCUUCCAGAAUAGUGACUCAAGGAUUUCACAAAAAAAUUGGUGCCGCUAAUUCUCAAAAGUCAACCCCACGGAUUCCAGUAACACCAAACUUUUUAUUAGAAAUGAUAGAAGGUGCUUACUUUGCUAUGUUUAAUGAAUUUUAUACAUUAGCAUUGCAAGCCGUUAAGGAUAUCGACAAAAGAGCACAGUAUGAACUAUUUCCUGAUGUUAUGUUAGUCACCAGUGCUGUUAUAAAUUCUUUGAAAAAUAAUUCUUCAGGACAACCAUGUGACGGUCCAAUGGGUAUCAGUGUAGCAUUAUCACCAGCUACUACUACUGUCACCAUGUCUAAAUCAAUGAUUACUAAUGCAUCCUUUCGUACCAAAAAGCUACCUGAUGACAUUCCAAUUCAAGCCGGUCAAGUGGUUCCUACAGAUUCAACUGAUGUAUUAACAUCUAUAACGGAAGAGGGCGAAUCGGAUUCAACUCCAAUCCAACGAGGCGCUGUCGCUCGCACCUCGAAGCCGAAACUCAGCUCUUUCCCAGUACUCGGCAAGAAAUCUAAAGAAAACAAAGAUAAAAGCACACCAAACGCUGACAAAAAAGUUACACUCAAAGAUUCAUCGAAAGCUAUAUGGAAUUCUUUAAGCGGAGGUGGCGGUGAUAUGACUGAUGGCCAACAAAAGUCCAACAUUGAUGGAAAUGAUGUAAAUGGAAGUAUAAAAGACGAUAAGAUCUCAAUGAGUUCCAUACAUAAUAGCACAGAGAAUUCCGAUUCGCGAUCACAAGUGACCACAGAUUCGUUAGACAUCGAAACGACUCCCCGUUUUGCAGCAAUGCAAGUUAGCUCUGUGUAAAUUGAAAAAAUGUUACUAUCUGUACAUGUUGUUUCUUAGAUUUUUAGUAACUGGUAAUUCCACAGAACGUCUGUCUGUGUUGAAGGUUAUCGUCGUUAUGUAUUGGUGGUAGUGGUAAAGGUACCUAUUAACUGUUCUACCCCCUUACUCUCAAACGCAAUCGCAAGCAAUCGACAUUGCAAUUGUGCUGUUUCCUACGCUUGAUUAGGUACACUAGCGCCAGAGUAUCCUAGUGAGCCAAUCAAGAGUGCGGGGGUGGGUUUGAUGAUAAAAUAAUUACGUAGUCCAUGCACUGUCACUAAGUAUUUUCUGUUUCUGAAUUAUAAGUUGUUAAAAGCAGCAGUUUUGUUAUGGAUAACAAAGCAAAAUUGUUUUUAUGUGACAUUUUGGCUUGGGAUUUGUCGCGAUAAUUUUUAAAAGACGCUGUGUGACACAGGUUUUUGCUUUGGACUGUUAUUUUAUUAACACUGAUACAUAAAUAAAUUAGGCAAGAUCCCGAUUCAAAUAUAUUUAUAUUUGGGCCGCGAGCCAAAAGGUUGAUAACCACUGUUUUAGACUUGUUUUCUUAUUUAGUUUUAAGCUCCAUGGGUUAUAGAGAAAAUCUGGACCAUUAAAUAAACAAAUAUUAUUUUUCUAUACAGUCACACCGGUCACAUUUAUUUAAUUUGUGCAUUUCCUUUUUUUAAGUAUUUAGAUUACAGUAUUUUUUUGUCAUAUAAAUAUAUAAAACACGGUUUUCCGGAACACUAAAUAUCCUAUAUACGUCCUAAAUAUUAUCUAUCUAAGAGCUGUUAUAAUAAUGAUGUUUUUAAUGUAUGACAAAGUUUAUUAAAUCCAAAUAAAAUACGUUAUACAUACC